CCUCUCUGCUUACAACGCGAGACUUUGAGAUGUAGAUUUGAGGGUUCAUAGACUCAGCGUUCCGCAACAUAGACUUGCGUGUUAAAGAUCACGAGGGUCUAAGUGAAAUAGAGGAAUGACGACUGUGAGGUUUUAGAGAAGUUUCAAGCCAUGAGCUGGCGGUCUUCCAAGCUCCGUCUACGUGUGACAGCUUCCCUAAGGUUCAACGCCUUAGGCUGUGCUGGAGUCAUUCCAAUAGAGCAGGCCCGAGGACCUUGUUGACUGCGCACCUACCGUUUUGUACGAACUUGAGGCCAAAGUGAACUUUAUUAAACAGGCAGACUUUUGGCCAUGCUGCCCAAACCAAAAGGGUGACACCAGGCUUCAACGAAGCACAAAAGUCAUCCAACCUCUCUCCCAAACUACCUCCACAACCACCUCACUCGUCUGCCGCCCAACCUCAUGUUGCCGCAAUAUCAAGAUGGACUUCUUCCGCAAGACUUUUCUGAACCUAUUCAGUGCGGCCCAAGUCGCGUUUGACCAAAACGAGGCCGCCUUUUCCGCUGCAAACGAAGCUUGGAAGGCAAAUCAAGUGGCACUAGUAGCCGACGGUUGGGAAAAGCUCCAGAGAGAGGCCCCUUGGAGCAAGACGGCGACGAAAAGACGUGCAAACAAGGCGGCCCUCAAGACCAAUAUACCAGCCCCAAGAGGAUUUCCGGCCGAAAUAUUCCUCCAGGACCAGGACAAGGCAUUCGCCCAAGCGUCCUUGGCAUGCAACAUGCCGGGGGAAGCAUCGCAGCUCAUCCUUUGGACGGAUGCUUCGGCAGGGUCUCGAAGGUACUUCACUUUUACUGGACAUGCCGUCGUGUUCAAACGAGCCGGGAGCUGGGUUCGGAUCUCAAGACGCUACGUGGCACCGGAUCAGUCAAUUUUAGCUGCAGAACUUCGGGCUAUCGAGCUCGCACUGGAUUUCGCUGUGCAGUUGGUCCAACACAACGUUAAGACAGAGAAACCGCAGGUGGUAAAAAUAUUCACUGACUCACAGUCGUCACUCCGAGAAAUCGCCUGGUCACAGGCGUCACACAAGGUACGUCGCAAAUCGCAUCGCCGCAAACUGCGAAGAGGGCAACCGGCAAUGGUCGAACUGUUGCAAGUGAUGACGCAGAGGGCUCAACUGUUGGAAAAGGCUCGCGUCCAGUUGGAGCUGCACUGGGUGCCGAGAAACUGAGUCGAGGGCAACAUCGUGGCGGAUAAAGCUGCAGGAAUGGUCAAGCA